AUGGUUUUCGGACUCAUAGCUUUGGUAGGGAGCAUUCCCAUGACAGCGGCCUCUGUCAUGUCGCUCCAAAACCAAGCAGAAAGCACGAAAAACGAAGCCGACGCAGAAAAAAAAUCUGAAAAGUGCCACAUCAGAUGUCGACCAACCGCAAGGACCCCAGAAGACCGUAGGAAACUUUUCGAAAACAGCCGAGUCGUCCUCCGCGAUGGAAAACUGUAUGUACAGCUCUCCGCAUACGAAGGAAAACCACUACACCCUUUCUCCGGCUACUUCGUACCUUACCCGAAUUCGAACUUCGAUGGAUUAGUCUCUACAAUCUCAAUUGAACCUCCCCAGCUAAAUUGGAUAUAUCUGGAUACGAGUUCCAGCAUCUACCAGAUCAGCCAUGGGUUACGUGUGGAGGCGGAGAAGGGACUGACGGGACCCUGGGCUACACGUGAAGGCUCUGAUGGAGAAGAUCGGUACUUGAUGGAAAACUGGGAGGGAUUUGUUGCUGUUUCAACCGAAGAUCCUGCACUUUGGAGUCUCUGUUUUGAUCGACACGAUGAUGGACUGAAAGGAAAGAUAGACGACAAUCACAAGACCGUAGAGGUCGAGCUGGUACGGCAGGAGAUGAAUAAGUGA